UCAAGGACUACAAUACCCAUGGAAAGACUCCUUUCAUAUGCACAUGCGCAGUCUAUACCUCUGCUCGAGACAGCUGGAGGAGAAAAUGGCAGCACACAUGCUAGGACAGCAGGUCCGCCAGUUUAGCACAUCAGUCGUCCGACCCGCAACAAAACUGAUCAAGCCACCCAUUCAAGUGUAUGGAGUGGAAGGCCGCUAUGCCACAGCUCUGUUCUCAGCUGCUAGUAAGCAGAAGAAACUGGACCAAGUGGAACAGGAGCUGGUUAAAGUAAAUGCCCUCAUCAAGGAUCCCAAACUUUCCAGUGUGGUCAUGAACCCUCAUGUGAAGCGUAGCAUCAAGCAGAAGACCUUCACUGAUGCCCUUGCAAAGGCCAAAGUCUCUUCGAUCACCGUGAACCUCAUUAAUGUUUUGUCCGACAAUGGCCGUCUACCUCUAACUGGGGACGUCAUCGCUGCUUUUGGCAAGAUGAUGAGCGCACACCGUGGUGAGGUGAUCUGCACAGUUACCACUGCUCAGCCCUUGGAUCAGGCUAAUCUGGCCGAGCUGAAAGUCGCACUCAAUGGAUUUCUACAAAAGGGGGAAAUUAUCAAGCUGGAGACCAAGUCUGAUCCAUCCAUCCUGGGCGGCAUGAUCGUCAGUAUCGGAGACAAGUACGUUGACAUGUCCACUAAGACAAAGAUUCAGAAGCUGACCAAGCUCAUGAGAGAAUCUUAAGCCCCGUGGACUUGAUCUUGGAUCCUUUUGGAAAUGACCAUCAUGGGAAAUAACGCUGAUAGAUGUAAAUUGCUACUUGUUUUAGCACUGCAGUUGCUGCAGAAAUCCAGUGUCUGUGCUCCAAUUCAUAUGGAUGUUAAUAAAAUCUCUCCAUAACAUA